CGGCCGGGUCAGGUCGGGCCAGGCCGAGGCGGAGCCGGCGCCGCCGUCCGCCGCUCCGUUUCGUUCCCCGGGUCGGAGCUCGCGUGUCCGUGUGUGACCGUCACGGGAGUUUGAACGGCGGUCAGCGUCGGUAACCAACCGGUGGGGCGAGCGUGGGGGGGGGGGGGGCCGCCCACCGACCCCCGUGAACGGCUGGGCGGCCGUCGGGGAUGUCCUACAAGCCUAUCGCUCCCGCCCCCGCUACCCCCGGAGCCGCCAGCGCCAGCCCUGCCCCACCGGGGCCCGGGGCACCACCCGCCGCCACGAGUGUCCCGUCGCCCUCCGGCUCCGUCCCCGGUGCCGCCGCCCCUUUCCGGCCCCUCUUCAAUGACUUCGGGCCGCCGUCCAUGGGCUACGUGCAGGCAAUGAAGCCCCCCGGGGCUCAGGGGUCGCAGAGCACCUACACCGACCUGCUCUCCGUCAUCGAGGAGAUGGGGAAGGAGAUCCGGCCCACCUACGCCGGCAGCAAGAGUGCCAUGGAGCGGCUGAAGCGGGGCAUCAUCCACGCCCGGGCGCUGGUCAGGGAGUGCUUGGCAGAGACAGAGCGAAACGCCCGCACGUAACGGCUGCUGACACCCGGGACCCCCCCCUCUUCCCUCCCCGGGACCCCCCCCCCGGUGUCCCUGCCCUGCUGGUGGUGGCGGGGCUGCCGUGCUGCCUGUGCCCCCCCGCCCCGGUGCUCUCUUUAUAAAUGCGUGUUUUUAUAAAUAAAGGAUGUGGUUGGGA